AAAAGAGAAUUGAACAGAAAUUCGAUCCUCUUGUUGUUUCUCUUCCGGUCCUCCUCUGAAUAUAUACAUGUCUGUAUCUAUUACAACAUAGCUUAAUUUCAAGAUAAAUAGACUAGCUAUACAUACUUACAUGUCCCUUUUCUUGUCUGGGAAUUACCCGUUAAACUAGUUCGGAUAAUUUCUGGAGAAAUGUCGUCGACGUCAGCUGACGUCACCGGAAUAAUGGACAAUGCCAAGGAGCUAGAUCGGAUAAGGGAGGAGCAGGAGGAUGUACUGAUUGAGAUCAAUAAGAUGCACAAGAAGCUUCAAACAACUCCUGAGGUGGUUGAGAAGCCCGGUGAUACUUCACUAUCGAAGCUCAAGAUGUUGUACGCUCAAGCAAAAGAGCUUUCUGAAAAUGAAGUGAGUAUUGCCACUCAGUUGAUUAGUCAGAUGGAUACUCUGCUACCCUCUGGACCUCCAGGGCAACAGCGAAGGAGAGUAGAAGGCAACGAGCAAAAAAAGAAAAGAAUGAAGAGUGAUUCAGACAUAUCAAGAGUUUCCCCUUCGAUGCGGAACCACCUGGAUGCCCUUGCAAGUUUAAAGGGUGAACAGGUAGCAGCUAGGGUCAGGCUAGAGGAUGCAGAUAAAGAUGACUGGUUCAUUGUCAAAGUAAUUCAUUUUGAUAGGGAGUCGAGAGAAUUUGAAGUACUUGAUGAAGAACCGGGUGAUGAUGAAGACAGCAGUGGCCAGAGAAAGUACAAGUUGCCGAUGUCACAUAUUAUUCCUUUCCCCAAGCGAAAUGAUCCAUCGAGUGCUCAAGAAUUUCCUCUUGGAAGACAUGUUUUGGCAGUCUACCCGGGAACAACUGCAUUGUACAAAGCGACGGUUGUCCAAUCUCGAAAAAGGAAGAUUGAUGAUUAUAUUUUGGAAUUUGAUGAUGACGAAGAAGAUGGAUCUUUGCCUCAGAGAUCUGUACCGUUCUACAAAGUAGUUGCUCUUCCUGAAGGACAUGGCCAGUGAAUGUAAUAUUGUUGAAGAGCAUCUAUUUAUACAGUACUGUAGGUAAAAAUUGUGUUGUCGGGUUGUAGUCUGUAUCUAUCCUGUUUACUUGAGUGUAACAGGACCUGAGCUGUGCAGUAACUUUAAUUGACUUAACAUUAUUUAGAAUGGUUUCUACUUUCUAGGGUUGUUUGUGACGCAGCAACUUUUAAAAACCCAACCGUUCAUUUCUUGUGGGAGUUGUUGAUUGAAGUUUGAAUCUGGAUUUUGGAAGAUACGGUUAUUAUGAUGUUACAUUUUUGCAUCAA